UUCUAUACCUCCAUUACUACUCAAUUAACCAAAAAUUAACAAUUAACACACAAACAGCUAUCUAGAAUGGCGAUUCCACCCAAAAAUCGGCACACACAAAUUGAUAUGUUCGCGUUAACGGGUGACAAAUCGACAGUACUAUCUACAAAGGAUACUAGACAGCAAGCUUCGCAGAAGGAUACUCAAAACAAUAAGAAGCCUCAGCCCAUAGGACGAUAUGGUUUGAAGCCACCGCCAUCGCCCAAGGUGAAAAAGGUGAGACCGACACUGGAAAGCUCUGCCCUUCAACUCAGGGCAGCAUGGAAAUCCCCGUGGGACAAGUAUGAAAAGAUCUAUGAUCUUGAACUUGGUGGUCCCGUUGCAGUAGCGGUCCGAAAAGUGCCUCCAAUAGAGCUCGUUCAUGUGAGGGCAUUUUUGAAACCGGUGGCCGAGAAGGCACUUCAUAUGUUCCGACAACUUCAGCAUCAUAAUAUUAUUGCUGCCCUAGAUGCUUUUACCACUGACGAAGGCCUCUUUAUCAUUCUCGAGCAUAUGCCUAUAUCUCUCGACCGAAUCGUCAGCUCCCCAGCCUACCCUGAUGAGCAACAACUCGCUGCUAUCCUCGGACAAGUAAGGUCUCUCACUUACAUAUAAGCAGUCGCUAAUUAUAAUAGAUUCUCAAUGGUGUGGCUUACCUCUCGGCGGAAGGAUUUGAACACGGAUCUCUGUGCUGCUCAAAUAUCUUCUUAAACACAAAUGGAGAAGUCAAGAUUGGUAAACAGAUUCUCUUCCAAUAAACGCCUAAUCUAAUAUGAGUUUAUAGCAAAUCAAGAAUGUUGUCACUUAGCAGAAACCACAGGCGACCCUUGUGAUCUGAGGGCCCUUUCUCCAAUUGUGAUGGAGUUGAUGCAAAAGUAUGUCAAAGAGGAUGGUGCAAUCGGUAUCGACGACCUACACCGCUGGCAUCCCAACUCAAAUGCCGUCGGGUUCCUUUCUGCUACAACAUCCGCAACUUCGAUUGUGGAAUUGCUCAAGGUACAUCAAUUUGUUAUUUCAAAGUUCAAUUCUAAUUUUAACUUAAUAGCAUCCCCUUCUGACUAGUCCUUGGCGCAAGGAAUCUCUCGUUGGUUUGAUAUCUUUAGCUCAAGUUUGUUUACGUGGUCGUUACAAGUAUACACCAAAAGUGUAACUAUGUUGAUGUAACUUUAAACUGUUAUACUUUGCCUUACAAUAGUCUACGAAUUCAGACCCAAAAAUAUCUUCUAUUCUAUUUUUAUUAAAUAAUAAAAUUCACGAGGUUAAUUCAUAUUCAUAAAUGUAUUCAACAGAAUUCUUUUGAAAAGUGCCUGCUCAAAUGUUACCGUGUCCCUCCUUACUCCUGAAAUUUAUCCAUUCUCGCCAAUGGGAUUUUCAAAAAAUCAUCAGCCCCACUCCAUCCUGAGCCCUAGCCCGGCCUGUCUCCGCAAAAGUGCGCAACCUCAUACAUCGACCUUAAAAUGACAUAUGCUAAAAUAAGAAAAUCCUCAUCAAAGUCUCUCUUAAUAUGGAU